CUGCACAAGUAACUUCUGUCUUUUGUUACAGUGAAGUAGCCUAGUUGUUGUCCGAACUCCGAAAUUAAACAUUCAGUUGGUAAACGCGAAUAUCACAGACCGACCGUAGCAGCUAGGUCUACAGCUGAAAGGGUUGCCAGCAUCCACGGGGUUGUGGAUAUGUCCAGUAGCAUUUUGAAAGAGAGCGCCGCAUGGAGGCUGUUUUGAAAAACCUAGAGAGCACAGCGGAGUUCAUAGCCGUGUCCCAGACUGAAUAUGUAAAGCGGUGGGAUGAGAGCACUGUGGAAAGGGCUUUUCAGUGGAGCGACUACUGUGAGCACAUUUAUAAGAAGUUUAACACAAACCCAACCAUUAGAACGGCAAUAGAAAACAGACUGCGACAGACCAACGAACACCUACGAAAAACUUUCACAGAACACCGGGAUUUGACUUUUCUCGACUUGGGUCGGUGUAGAGAUGUGCUGCUGGUGAGUUUAUUGAAGAAUCCCGCGUGCCCAUGUUCUGUUCUAAAAGUUAUUUUGGGGAGUUUUAAACCAAACGAUGGAUGUGGAGAUAGUCCCGUGUCAACGAGUUUCUCUGACCUCCUCGGGUUCAUUUCUUGCAAGUCAGCUGGCGAAGUCUUACGGGCCACGAACGGUAGUAGGAGAGAGACGGCUGGUUUAUGUGUGGAAUCUCUGGCGAAAGGUUCGAUCUUACGGGAACACAUAGAAAAACUUCUCUCGCACAAAGGUAAUGAAAGCCUUGUUGGAAGCCUGCUGGACUCUCUUUUUCAGCCUGGCAGCGAGAACAGUGCUUCAGACAUUAUUGCAGGUGUUCUUCUCUCUUGCGAAGACCUCCCGGCUCAUGAUGUCACCAGAAACUUAAUCUUCUCUUGGCUGCAGGCUAACCCAAACUCAAUACUGAACACGUGCCAAGCGUUGCCAGUGUUGACUUUGACAGAAUUAGCACAGCAGUCAGAGGGGUUUUGGCUGGCGUACAUGGGCAUACUGAAAACUUGGGCCUGGGCUCUGUCCUAUGAUGUGACUGUUGGUGAAUGGGUGGCGAGUGAAGGAAGUGGUGUGCCAUUCACAACACUCACAGAACACUUCAGGUCUUUACUUUCAAGUGGACAUUCCUUGGAGACACUGAGAGAGUUGCGGGAGCUGAAGGAAGGUGACGGUGGCUUUGAAGAGAAGGGCCUUAGUGUAUGGGGAGAUGUCCUGUCUGAGCUGAGCACAGGUCAGAAGCUACCAGAUGCUGCCAAUAUCCUCUGGUCUGAGUGAACUACACCCAAAACUGCCAGUCACUGAACAGUUAAUUAACUGUCUCUGACCCUUUGAGUUGAAUUAUCCAGUGCUUUACUGUUCAUUAUUGUGUCAUUUACCUGAAUAUGCAAUUGAUUAAUUUAUUCCGACAUUUUAGUGUGUUCAAAUGUUCUGUGGGAAAAUAAAGUGCUCAUUUUAAUUUA